AUGUGCAAUCCAAACACCACUACUCCUCCUCCGAAGCUCACCGCCAUCUCUGUGAUUGUGAAUGAUCACAAACCACAAAGCCAUCUGUGGUGUUUACCCAGCGGUGGCGUUCUUAAACCCCAAGAAAACCCCAAACCAAAUCAAGAAGAAUCAGUGAGUGAAGUUACUAAGGAAUUAAAAUCUCUGUUGAAUCUUGCUUUCCCCAUAGCCCUGGCCGCUUUGGUUCUGUACAUUCGCUCCAUGGUUUCCAUGCUUUUCCUGGGGUGGCUUGGCGACACCGAGCUGGCGGCGGGGUCGUUGGCCAUAGCGUUUGCUAAUAUUACUGGCUAUUCUGUGCUUUCUGGGUUGGCUUUGGGUAUGGAGCCUCUUUGUUCCCAGGCCUUUGGUGCUCAACUUCCUCACCUUCUCUCUUUGACCCUUCAAAGGUCCAUUCUUUUUUUGCUUUGCUGUUGUGUGCCCAUCACAUUCCUUUGGCUUAACAUCUCCAAUAUCCUACUUUAUUUGCACCAAGACCCUACUAUUACCCAUUUUGCUCACACCUAUCUUUUCUUCUCGCUCCCUGAUCUUCUCACUAAUUCCUUUUUUCACCCCAUCCGGAUUUAUCUUCGGGCUCAAGGUAUUACUCUCCCCAUCAUGUUCGCUACCUUGACUGGGACUCUUUUUCAUUUACUGGCCAACUAUUUUUUUGUUUUCCGGCUCCGGCUGGGCGUGGCGGGGGUGGCCACCGCCUCCGCCACCUCCAACGCCGUGGCGCUGGCGGCGCUGAUUCUCUACGUCUGGGCUCGCCGCCUCCACGCGGCAAGGCCGAGCUGGGAGUGCUUCACCGGGUGGGCCCCGCUGGUUCGACUCGCCGCGCCCAGCUGUGUUUCGGUGUGUUUGGAAUGGUGGUGGUACGAGAUCAUGAUAGUGUUGUGUGGACUGCUGGUGGACCCCAAGGCCACCGUGGCAUCCAUGGGCGUCUUGAUCCAGACUACGUCACUGCUCUAUAUCUUCCCGUCAUCACUCGGGUUCGCGGUUUCGACGCGGGUCGGUAACGAGCUCGGGGCCAACCGACCCGACAAGGCUCGCCUGUCAGCUUUUCUGUCCAUAUUCUUGGCAACCCUAAUAGGCCUAUCGGCAAUGACUUUCGCAACGUCCAUGAGGAACCUGUGGGCCCGUAUUUUCACCCAUGACGUCAACAUCCUCCGCCUAACGUCAGCGGCCUUGCCCAUAUUAGGCCUUUGCGAGCUCGGAAACUGCCCCCAAACAAUCGGCUGCGGCGUUUUACGGGGGUCGGCGCGGCCGUCCAUCGCCGCAAAUGUCAACCUCGGCGCAUUCUACAUCGUUGGCAUGCCGGUGGCUAUUGGGCUGGGCUUUUACUUGGGGGUGGGCUUUAUUGGGCUCUGGCACGGCCUACUAUUGGCCCAAAUAUGCUGUGCUGGGCUUAUGCUGUAUGUUGUAUGGAGCACCGACUGGGAGCACCAAGCCACGAGAGCCAGAGUGCUCACGUGCACAGGACGUGGUGGUGACAAGCCAUUGCCUCGUGAUCUUCAAAAGGAUCAACAACCAUUGAUUUGUGUGUGAUGGUUACGUCAUCAUCAAGACUAACCGAGGAUUAUGGAUGGACAAUAUUAUCCCUCGUCCUCGUUUGUAAUUCUUUUUUCUCCUCCUAAUUUCAUAUUUUGCAUUAACUCUAAUUUGCGAUGAUUGUGAAAUAGUGAAUGUUUUCUAGGUGGGAGGAACUUAAUCAGGAUUUCAGGAUGUUUGGUAAAAAUUAUGAUUAACUGAAA